AUGUUGGCCCUGUACUAUAGCCAAGAUAAGACCGUGUUGGCCCAAAUAAAACACGAAAGACAAAUUUUACCCACCCAAGUCAAACCUGUUCAUUACGACCUCAACCUAACUCCCGAUCUUACGGCAUUUGUCUACAAGGGUCUAGUCAAAGUGGAUUUAAAUGUCCUCAAUGAAACCAAUACUAUUAUUCUUAACGCUAAUGAAUUAGUUAUUGACUCUGCCAACGUAACCAUAAAUGACACAAGUUAUGCCGCUCUGGACAUCCAAUAUGAUAACAAGACGGAUCAAGUCAGCUUGGCUUUUGAACAUGCAUUAGAAAAAUCUUCCACUGUCCAAUUAUCUAUCCAGUUUCAAGGUGUCUUGAAUGACCACAUGAGUGGAUUCUAUAGAUCUUCCUUUAAAGAUAAAAACGGUGACACCAAAUAUUUAGCAACAACACAAUUUGAAGCAACAGAUGCACGCAGAGCAUUUCCUUGUUGGGAUGAGCCUUCGCUAAAAGCCACUUUUGAUGUCACCCUCAAUGUACCAUCCGACCUUACCGCGUUAUCCAAUAUGGACGUAAUCUCCGAUACUCCUUCCAGUAACGGUCUCAAGACGGUAAAAUAUGCCACUACGCCACGCAUGAGCACCUAUCUCUUGGCAUUCAUCGUGGGUCCCUUUGAAUACAUUGAAGGUUUUACCUCCGGUGAAUACAAUGGUCGUCCCAUAAAAACCAGAGUCUAUACUUUACCAGGCCUCUCCGAACAAGGAAGGCAUGCCCUAAAUGUCGGCAUGGAAACGCUAGAGUAUUUUGCCAAAGUCUUUGAUUUACCUUAUCCUUUACCAAAACUUGAUAUGGUUGCUAUACCAGAUUUCGAUGCGGGUGCUAUGGAGAAUUGGGGCUUGGUAACCUUUCGGACAACUGCCCUCUUGUACGACGAUAAUAACUCUGCGUUUAUUACAAAGAGAUCUACAGCGUACACGGUCGCACAUGAAUUGGCCCAUCAAUGGUUUGGCAAUCUCGUCACGAUGGAAUGGUGGGACCAUCUGUGGUUAAAUGAAGGCUUUGCCACUUGGGUCGGUUGGUUUGCCAUUGACCAUAUCUUUCCGGACUGGCAAGUAUGGACCAUGUUUGCCACGCAAAAUAUGCAAGAUGCACUCAGUUUGGACGGUUUACGUUCUUCUCAUCCUGUCGAAGUCGCUGUCAAUGAUCCAUCUGAAAUCCAUCAAAUCUUUGACUCCAUCUCCUAUUUAAAGGGCGCUAGUGUCAUUCGUAUGGUCAAUUCUUGGUUAACCACAAAAACUUUCUUGACAGGGAUUCAUCAGUAUUUGGGUCAGCAUCGCUUAGCCAAUGCCGCUACCCAAGAUUUAUGGGCGGCUCUUAGUCAAGAAGCCGGUAAAAAUGUGUCGGAAUUCAUGAACACAUGGACACAGAAAACAGGUUAUCCUAUCUUGAAUGUUUCCUUGAGUGAUCCUCAAACUCUACUUGUCACACAAUCCCGUUACCUUUUAACCGGCGAUUUAGCACAAGAAGAAGACAGUACUACCUGGUGGGUCCCAUUACGUGUCAAAGUACCCGGUAAAGUAGAAGAUUUUACUCUAAAAGAAAAAUCCCAAACAUUUGCCGUACCCGUGGAUGCACCUCUUAAACUCAAUAAGGGCCAAACCUCUCUUUAUCGCGUCAAUUACUCUUCCGAACUGAUGUCAAGACUCAUUCACGAGUUAAAAAAACCAGACAAUGGCAUUUUAUCCGAACCCACGGACCGUGCUGGUAUCAUUUCCGAUUUAGCCGUCCUCAGUCGCAGUGGUGAACAAUCAACCGUGACCUUUUUAGACGCAGCCAAAGAAUUCAAGAACGAAAAAAAUUACUUUGUCUUGUCAGAACUCAGUGUCCAAUUAUCUAUUGUCGCUAAUCUAUGGGAAGGCUAUCCCGAAAUCAAACCUCGACUUCAGGACCUCCGUCGUCAACUUUUUGCUCCUCUCGCGCAAGAACUCGGCUGGGAAGUAAAGGAAGGAGAACCCGAACUAGACAAGCUAUUACGUGUUCUCGUCUUGAACGAAGCAGGUUUGGCCGGUGAUCCAACUAUCAUCCAGGAAGCCACAACACGUUACGGACAAUUUAUGGAGGGUCAACACAGUGUCAUCUCGCCCGAUUUAAGACACGUUGUCUAUCGCAUCAUGUUGAAGGAAGCUGCUAAUGCGCAAGAGGAAGACAAGAUCUGGGAAGAAAUCUUUGGUAUUUACAACGAUGAGAGUUUUACUAUGGAUCAACGCGUUGUUGCGCUUCAAUCAUUGGGAAGUACCAUCAAGACACAAGGAGUCAUUGAUAAAACCAUGGCACUUGUCUUGAAUGAAAAGGAGAUUCGUACACAAGAUGCAUCCGUCUUCUUUCGAGCAUUGGGCUUGAAUUACAAGGCGCGUGAACCAUUGAUCCAAUUUUUCGAAACAAACUAUGACAAGAUCUUUCAACGAUUUUCUAAAUCCAUGGGCGCUUUGGGCACCUCUGUGAAUAACAUGAUUUCAAACGUAAACGACAUGAACCGUAUCAACCAAUUGGAAACUUUCUUCCAAUCCAAAGAUACCCGUGAAUAUUCUCGUAGCUUAAACGGUGGUCUUGAAAAAGCCAAAGUAAACGCUGCUCAAAUUCAAAGAGAGCAUAGUGAUUUAUUGAAAUGGGCCGCCCAGUAA